AGUAAGAUUAAAUCAAGGAGGAACAAAAACAACAACAUUUACUAACAAUUUCCACGAAAGAUGGAAGCCGCUAAUGAACGGGCUGUCCAUCACGCCCACAUCCCUCUGGCCCAGGAGGCCGAGGCGGAUGACGACGGAAUCGUGGGUGUGGGCGGAACCAAUAGCACGAACUACAAUUACAAAAGACAACUAUGCCGCUUUCAUCCGUAUCAUGGCUCAAAUAUACAACUGGACGACGAUGCAACUGUGGCAUAUAGACGGGCCAGCUUUGCGGAUGCAUUAACAUUCUCGGAACGCCCACUGGCACCGGGAGACAUUUUCCUUGUGGAGAUUGAGAAAAUCGAACGCGGCUGGUCGGGACAUAUGCGACUGGGAUUGACAGAGCUGACACCAAAUGUGAUUGGCACACGAACCGGUGGCCUGCCGCACUUUGCUUUACCGGACUUGGCCAAUUUAGGCAAUAGUUGGAUAUAUCCUUUAUCCAAAUUUGAUAUGAAUCAACGCCAGCGUCAUGAGGACCCCAACGAGGAAGAUGAGUACGAGCCUCUGUCACGACCCGCACGGAACUCACAAAGUCUUCUCGGCGAUGCCACACAUGUACGAACGCCCCGCGGUUUGCUGCCCAAAAGACUACUCCGACCGGCCAUGGACAAUGGCAAUUCGGAUAUCCUGCUUACGGACAGAGGCUCACGCAUCGGCAUCAUCUAUGUGCCCACAGAGACAGAUGCCACCAAGGGUGAAUUGCACUUUAUAAUCAAUGGCGUGGAUAAGGGUCCCGUUUCCAGAGACAUUCCACUCAAUCGUUCACCUCUCUAUGUGGUCAUCGAUGUAUAUGGCACCACUAAACAGAUACGGAUCAUACAAUUGGAGGGAAUUUUGUCCUUGCAAAGCGCUUGUCGUAAUGUCAUCUUGGAGAGUUUCACAGCGGCCUCCAUUACAUUGUUGCCGCUGCCUGAGAGCAUAAAACGAUUCCUACUGCGCCGAGAUUAGGAACACACACACACAGACAUGCCUGCACACCAGAGUGACUCUAUGUAAUAGAUUGUAUGCAAGUGUGUGUGUGUGUGUGUAUGUGUGCAUGUGCAUACGACGUGAUAGUCUGUUUAACCAUAUAUAUUUAUAUAUAUUUUAUAGAGCAGCAACUGGGCACUUCAAUUCAUUGACUCUAUAUAUGUAUAUAUAUAUAUAUACAAGACAGACGCCGCACUAGCCCUUUGUAUUAACUUUUUCGUUCUGUAGAUAUUAUAUAUCUUUUAUAAACUAACAAACAAAAUUACCUUUUUUCUGUUUCACCCAGUUCAUAAGAGACACGGCUAUGUUAAUGAACAUAGUAGAAAAUGUGCGAAAAUUACGAACAUUCAGUUGAAGUUCCAAAGUAGUGAGAAAUAUAUAUAUAUUCGAAUACUUAUUUAAGAUGUAGCCCUUAUUUCAGCGCAAAAACCCAUUAGUUGUAUUUGAUUGUAAAAGACAUUUCCCUCUGACAAUUUUCCUUGUUUUUUUUUUCCAACAAAUUUGUUUUUUUUUUAUGCUAUUAUUAUUAGGUAACUCAGCCCAGAAACACAGCCCAUGCCUUUAUAUAGUGUUUCGUUUCCAUUAAAGUUAAGUAAAUUGUUGCUACAUGUAAGUUAAGCCUACAAAUACUUCUAUUAAAUAAACAAAUCGAAAAAUAAAACAAUA